GUAUCCAUCCCCGAGAGGGACCUGGUGCCUCUACCCGGGUGUCUAUCGCUCUGUCUCCUGCGCUGUGCCCUGCUGUAGUCACAGGAGCUGUAGAGAGGACCCCAGGACAUCUGAAAGCCAGGAAAUGGACCCAGUGGCUUUUAAGGAUGUGGCUGUGAACUUCACCCAGGAGGAGUGGGCUUUGCUGGAUAUUUCCCAGAGGAAACUCUACAGGGAAGUGAUGCUGGAAACUUUCAGGAACCUGACCUCUAUAGGGAAAAAGUGGAAAGACCAGAACAUUGAAUUUGAGUACCAAAACCCCAGGAGAAAUUUCAGGAGUCUCAUAGAAGGGAAUGUCAAUGAAAUUAAAGAAGACAGUCAUUGUGGAGAAACUUUUACCCAGGUUCCAGAUGACAGGCUGAGCUUCCAGGAGAAGAAAGCUUCUCCUGAAGCAAAAUCAUGUGAUAACUUUGUGUGUGGAGAAGUUGGCAUAGGUAACUCAUCUUUUAAUAUGAACAUCAGAGGUGACAUUGGGCACAAGGCAUACAAGUAUCAGGACUAUGCACCAAAGCCAUAUAAGUGUCAACAACCUAAGAAAGCCUUCAGAUAUCACCCCUCCUUUAGAACACAAGAAAGGAAUCACACCGGAGAGAAACCCUAUGCUUGUAAAGAAUGUGGAAAAACCUUUAUUUCCCAUUCAGGCAUUCGAAGACGCAUGGUAAUGCACAGUGGGGAUGGACCUUAUAAAUGUAAGUUUUGUGGGAAAGCCUUCCAUUGUCUCAGAUUAUAUCUUAUCCAUGAAAGAACUCAGACUGGAGAGAAACCUUAUGAAUGCAAACAAUGUGUUAAAUCCUUUAGUUAUUCUGCUACCCUUCGAAUACAUGAAAGAACUCACACUGGAGAAAAGCCUUAUGAAUGUCAGCAAUGUGGGAAAGCAUUCCAUAGUUCCAGUUCCUUUCAAGCACAUAAAAGAACCCACACUGGGGGAAAGCCAUAUGAAUGUAAACAAUGUGGCAAAUCCUUCAGUUGGUGUCAUUCCUUUCAAAUACAUGAAAGAACUCACACUGGGGAGAAGCCCUGUGAAUGUAGCAAAUGUAAUAGAGCAUUCCGUAGUCACAGAUCCUAUCUUAGACAUAAAAGGAGUCACACGGGAGAGAAGCCUUAUCAAUGUAAGGAAUGUAGAAAAGCAUUCACGUAUCCCAGUUCCCUUCGUAGACAUGAAAGGACCCACUGCGAAAAACCUUAUGAAUGUAAGCAGUGUGGGAAAGCAUUAUCUUAUCUUAUAAGUUUUCAAACACACCUAAGAAUGCACUCUGGAGAAAGACCUUAUAAAUGUUAGAUAUGUGGGAAAGGCUUUUAUUCUGCCAAGUCAUUUCGAAGACAUGAAAAAACUCACACUGGAGAGAAACCCUAUAAAUGCAAGCCAUGUGGUAAAGCCUUCAGUCUUUCCAGUUCCUUUCAAUAUCAUGAAAGGACUCACACUGGAGAGAAACCCUAUGAGUGUAAGCAAUGUGGGAAAGCCUUCAGAUGUGCCCCACACCUUUGAAGGCAUGGUAGGACUCACACUGGAGAGAAACCCUAUGAGUGUAAGGAAUGUGGGAAAGUCUUCAGAUCUGCCUCACACCUUCAAAUUCAUGAAAGGACACAAACACACAGAAGAAUACACUCUGGAGAAAGACCUUAUAAAUGUAAGACAUGUGGGAAAGGCUUUUAUUCUCCCAAGUCAUUUCAAAGACAUGAAAAAACUCACACUGCAGAGAAACCCUAUGAAUGCAAGCAAUGUGGUAAAGCCUUCAGUAGUUCCAGUUCCUUUCGGUACCAUGAAAGGACUCACACUGGAGAGAAACCCUAUGAGUGUAAGCAAUGUGGGAAAGCCUUCAGAUCUGCCUCAAUCCUUCAAAUGCAUGCUGGGACUCACCCUGAAGAGAAGCCCUACGAGUGUAAGCAAUGUGGGAAAGCCUUCAGAUCUGCCCCACACCUUCGAAUCCAUGGUAGAACUCACACUGGAGAGAAACCCUAUGAGUGUAAGGAAUGUGGGAAAGCCUUCAGAUCUGCCAAGAACCUUCGAAUUCAUGAAAGGACACAAACACACGUAAGAAUGCACUCUGUAGAAAGACCUUAUAAAUGUAAGAUAUGUGGGAAAGGCUUUUAUUCUGCCAAGUCAUUUCAAAUACAUGAAAAAUCUUACACUGGAGAGAAACCCUAUGAGUGUAAGCAAUGUGGAAAAACCUUCAGAUCUACCUCACACCUUCGAAAACAUGGUAGGACUCACACUGGAUAGAAACCAAAGCAAGCCAAAGCAGGUGAAUCACCUGAGGUCAGGAGUUCAAGACUGGCCUGAUCAAUAUGAUGAAACCCCUGUCUCUACUAAAAAUACAAAAAUUGGCCAGGCGUGGUGGCCUACUUCUGUAAU